UUUUGAAGUUGGAAAUAUAUAUUUUUUGAGACAUUUUACUUAAAUCUUACGUUUUAUUAUUUGCCACCCACGGCCUUCCAUCGCCCAUUUACAAUGGUACUGCGGUUGGGGUAGGCAAGGAUAUACAGUGGGGUAAGGCAGAUAUAUUAUUAGGCAAUCAAGGAUAUUCAAUUAGUAAACAAGAAGCUGUCAAAAUGGAGAAAAAGAUUUCUGAAACUUUAGGAACAAUGACUAACAUUAUGUCAUCUUUCUUCGAACACUUGGAUAAAAUGCGAAGUGAUUUGGAAAACAUCAAUGGAUAUUUAUUUCGUGACACGCAAUACUCUUCAAUUCAAACUUGUUGGUUUUGCAAAAUUCCUGGACAUCAUAAAGCAACAUGUAAGAGAUACAAGAUGGCACGUCACUAUUGUUCAUUAUGCGCCACAUAUGGACACCGUAACAAGGAUCAUUGUGAGCCAACAACGAAUACUAAUUGCAUCAAAAUUCCGAACAACAUGCAUCCUGACCUUAAAACGGCAUCCGUGCAAACCAAGAAAAUAAAGGAAACUGACAAACCGAACCACAGCAAGUAUUCGCAGACACAGACGUUUGACAUGGAUAAAUAUAUAACUGCUGUCAAAAACUACAAGAAAAUAGAAAGCGAACUUUAUGGACAAAAACAUGGUAAUGACAUUUAUCGUGAGAAAAUUCGCACAAUGGAGACGGAUACAGCUGAUCUUAAAUUACAAUUGAAGUCACAAAAGAAACGUAUUUUAUCUUUAGAAGAGGAACUCACUGCAUAUGCAACAAAUGAUCAAAAAGCUGAUUUAAAUCCAGAUCAUCUAAUAUCUCAACUACAGGAAUCGCAGAAACUUAUUACAUCUCUUCAAUCUCGGAACAACGAAUACUCGACAAUGAUACGUGAUAUGAAUGCUAAACUCGACAAUCAACUUCAGAGAAAUAUACUGGUUGGAAAAUGUGAUUAUGCAACAAAUUCAACGGAUUCAAAUUUGGACCUAUGGAAACUUGGACUGCAUAUGUUUGGAAUGCCUCGUAUAGCCCCAAGUAAGUGUAAAACUAAAACCACUGAGCAGCCAUUCGACAACACAAUAUGUAGGUCUUAAGAAGAUCAACAUUUUAUCUACAAUGGAACUGCAAACAUUUAUUCAUACUAUUCUAGUAUAUUUUGCAUUAAGAACAUGUUAUUUAAAGGGUUGAUUCAUUUGAAUGAAAAACCUUUAGCUAUCAGAACAUUUCAUGGUGUAUUUUAAGCCUAUAAUGGUGUACUUUAAACCUAAUGAGGUGUGUAAUUCAAGCUGUAAUAGUGUAUUUCAAGCCUUUAUGUGGUGUAUAUUAGCCAAUAUGGUGUUUCCUAACAUUGCCUUAAAUGGUGUUAUUAGUAGCCUUAAAUGGUGUACUCAUAGCCUUACAUGGUGUACUUAUAGCCUUAAAUGGUGUACUCAUAUAGCCUACAUGGUGUUACAAUUUGCCUUUUAUGGUGUUAAACAUGUAUAUAUAAGCCUGAAAUGGUUUUGUUUAAAAUAUUCUUUGAAAUUUAAAUUACCUGUCAUUUAACUUAAUCAACACUUCAAUUAUAGAGAUAUGUAAUAUUGUGCUUUAUAAUUUUGAAGGUAGUGGUUGUUUAGGGGAGGAAUACCCUCAUUUUUAUACAGAGAUGUUAUAUUUCUUUACAAUUAGUAGUAUUUUAACUCUCAUGUUCACACUUUACAUAAUGUAUACUUGAUAUUAGUGGCCGAAUAAGGUUUAAUGCGGAACGCAUUAGGACGUGUCCGUGUGGAUGUAACAUGGUCAUUUUUACAUUUUUAUAUUUCUACUAUUCAUGGUGAUCAAUCCCCAUUCAGGUCAUUUUAACAGGUCCCUUUGCUUACUUUUGCAUCAGUGUGUUAGGUUUUAAUCCUGUUGUUUAUGUUCUUUUGUAUGUGCUUUGUAUGUUCACUUUCACUUACUUUUCUUUUGUUUAAACCUGUUUUGUAUGUUGUGUCAUGCUGUGUUUGUUU